CUACGUCACCACAUUUCACCGAAUGCGAUGGAACAGCGUGGAAAAGCGUAAAGGUGGUAUCGAGAAGCACUGCCAGGAACUUGUGCAAGAUGAGGGAAGCGGCUCUCCUGCUCACAUCGUGUGUGGUUCUGUGUCUCCUCCUGAGCCUCAGCCAGGCGGCCCGGCAGGGACAGGACGUGAGAUGUGGAGCCUGCAGGGCUCUGGUAGAUGAGAUGGAGUGGGCCAUCUCCCAGAUAGACCCGAAGAAAAUGAUCCAGACAGGAUCUUUCAGGAUCAACCCGGACGGCAGCCAGUCCAUCCGAGAGGUUCCUCUGGCUCGCUCGGAGGGAAACCUCCUCGAGCUGAUGGAGAGUGUGUGUGAGAGGAUGGAGGACUACGGCGAGAGUACCGAUUCUUCCACAAACAGGAACUCCUACAUUAGGGUAAAAUCUCGGAGCGGUGAGGCCAUGGACCUUUCAGAGGCCAGGCUGGAUUCAAGAGUUACAGCCAGUUUAAAAUUUGCAUGUGAAACAAUUGUUGAACAGCAUGAAGAUGAAGUCAUUGAAUUCUUCGCACAUGAGACUGAUAAUGUCAAAGACAAACUCUGCAGCAAGAGGACAGACCUCUGUGACCAUGCUCUGAAAAUGCCCCAUGAUGAGCUUUGAUAUCGCCUGCCAUGGCUGCCGUCUCUGCUCAGCUAGAAUGGAGACGCUGGGUGCUGUAAUGCUUUCACUUGUUGCUUAUCACCAGUUUACGCCAUGGUAGUGGUGGAAGAUGUAUACAAAUUAUGUCAAAUAUGAGAAAAUUCACCUGGAAAUAAAUGUUAUUCCUGUGAUCUGUGAGAAUUUAAGGACCAGUUUGCCAUCUUUUAACCAUAUCACUUUGGACUAUCUUGUCACUUGUUUAUAUACUGUAAGUUAUUAUAUUUUUCAAUGUUCUGUGUUUCAUGUGGAGGCACUCAUCCUGCCUGCAAAUGCUCCUCACCAGGUAAAACUGAAACUGUGAAAUUGCAAAAGUGAAGUUAGACUUCCAAGUAGAUACAGGAUUCAUUGUGUAUAUACAGUCAGCAUAUUAAUUUAAGGCAAGUACGCAGAGAUCAGGUUGAAGUUUGGUCAAGUGGUCCUUAAGUUCAUUUUCAUGCACAGUGGAAAAAGUUAUGUAGAAGUGAUUACCGUUCACAGUGAGUGGACCUCCUGGAUGUUGCCUGCCCACCAGUGAAAGUGCCAUAUGAUGCUGUAUUUCCAUUUUCAGUUCUAGCUUCAGUAGAAAGUUUUUUAAUGCUCACCAAUAUUUAUUGAACUGUCCAAGAUCACAGGAAUAACUGAUGGUAUGUUGUUAAGUUCUGUCCUUUUUUGGUUGAAUAUUCCUUUAGGUAAAAAAGAUAAAAUCCACAGUUUAAAGGUAGAUGAUAUAAAAUGAUGUUAGAUCUGAGUGGACUUUCUUACAGUUAAAGGGACAGUUCACCUCAAAAUUAAAACAAUUGAAACAUCAGUAUCUCUCAGAUACAUCAGUAUCAGAAAUCAUGACCCGGCCACUCAGUAUAAUCCACAGCCUCGUUAUGAGCAGUUUCAUGUUGGAACUAUUUUCUUUUUACCGAACUACACCCACCAACCAUAUCACUGCACAGAAGUGUGUUUUUUUUUAGACCCCUCUAGUUCCAUUAUAUUCGAGAAUCGAAUCGCUCCAAAACUUGCCAACUCAGACCAAAACAGUCUAAAUGGAUAAAUAGCACCACAGGUAAGUGGAAAAAAAUAUUUUGGAUUUUGGGGUGAACUGGCCCUUUAAGAAAGCUGUUCUGAUUACACAUUUUCCACCAGAGAAAACUGGCAACUGAAGAUUAAUUUUAAGCUUCAGCAAAGUCAAAAAAGAAAAUUUAACGAAGGAAGGAAAUCCUUUGUUCUGAAAAAUAACAACUGUUUUGUGUGAAACUGUGAAUUCACACUUAACUGUAUCUUCCAGUGGUCUAUACGCUUACGAACACGUCCAAGGUUUCAUUUUUGUCUAUUAAUUUACACACAACAGUAGGGGACAGUAAUAUGCAAACUGUUGGAAUCUGAAAAAUAUCUGUCUACCAAACAAGUAUACAGGCAUUAAACAAGAAACAGUUGGCUCAGUUGUUGCUUCGGGAGCAGGCAAAUGGCACAUCUUCUUUUCUGUGAACACCAGCUGCAGUCCCAAUGAAUUAUGAUAGUUAAAGAGUUUUUUUUUAAUGUUCCAUUUUCUUCAGUCUUGUAAAUCUGAUCUCUAAUGUAAUCCCACUAGAGUGUGCUGUAGUCCACAAUCUGAUAGUUGCAGAUUAAAGAAUCAUACUCAGUUGGAAUGUCCUCAUGCAGUACUGUCGAUGUAGAAAGUUUAGAAAGUAUUUUAGGUAUCACUUGUUUUUCAGUGUGUGAAAAAUGACCUUGCUGUCUCGUGAACAUUCUCCUGACAUUUCCUUUUUAUAUAUAUAAAUUUUGUACAUUUUC